AUGCAUCUGACAACUACUCCGCCCGAAGUUUUUCGUGAGAUUUGCCAGUAUUGCAAGGGAGACUAUGAGGGCAACAAAACACUCGCAUCUCUAGCAAGAACAUGCAUCGCAUUUAGGGAUGAAUCUCUGGAUGUACUCUGGUCUUCAAUCCCUCCUUCGGCAUUCUUCUCUCCGCUCCCAUCUCGUACUAUUAUCAAAGAACCCAGGCGGCCUUUAAGCCGUCGCGUACAGUCGAUCGUGAGUCCUUUGGAUCUAACCGGCUCAGUUGGUAACUCAGCUUUUGAGCAGAUCGACUUCGACCCCGCGUCUGUAACGACCUCAGAGUGGGAGAUCUUCCACAAAUAUACUUCAAGAGUUCGAAAGCUUGAGCUAAAUGAGACGCAUGGAGUCAAGUUCUACGUUUUACCCUCGCUCUUUCCUCACUACUCGAACGUUGAGCGCGCGCUUCCACGACUGGCACAUCUCAACGUCUGUCGAAGUUGGGGAUUUGAGCUUGAGGGACAUGGCGUCCAUUGGGAAGUCCUCCAGGUUUUCCUUGUUUCCACCAUUUGCUCCUUGCGGUUUGAUCCCACUCUCACGGAGGAUGCAGUAGACUUCGUAGCGAUGAUCCCCGCACGUUCCCCCAAGCUUGAAACCUUGACGUUUUCCUACCGUGACGUUGAUGACUUGUGGCCCGCUGAAGUCACCUCCGCAUUUGGAGACGCAGUGUCCCAACUCCCUCGCCUUCAAGAAUACGAUGGACCUCUAUUAUACCAUACCCCUCCCCGCGGUCUAUCGUCUCUCUCUUUGCUUCAGCGGAUAUCGCUAGACAUGCACUUUGCCCCCAUCCAGGGACUUCACCUUUCGCUAAAUUCACUUCCGUUUCCGGCUUUAUCCGACCUUAAACUUCACAUAACGUCUAUCGACAACGCGUUAAACUUCUUACACGCUGUUGACUCCGCAGCCCAGUCCCACCGGUUUCAACCGGGAUCAAUCGCAGUCCAUUUCAACUACGUCCCAUCUACAGAGGAUGUCAACAAUGCAUGUUCUAUUCUCUCUGCCUACCAGCGCUUCAAGCCACUCUCUAUCGCCUUCAGGCAUGAUCCCGUCGAAGACGAUGAUGAGGAACUUGGGAAGGACGGAGUAACGACACUCGAGAUGUUCCGGCCACUCCUCUGCAACACCUUCAUCAAAAAGCUCGACUCCGAUAUUUUCCGCCAAGUAUCGCUUACUGAUGCGGACAUCGUAGAAAUGGGCAAUGCAUGGCCACAGCUAGAGGUUCUCUCAGUAAAUGGGGAAACACAUGCUUGGGGCCGUUCUCUACAGAUCACGCUCGAUGGUGUACAGAGGCUUCUGAAGGCCUGCCCAUGCUUGUCUGAACUCGCGCUCUCAAUCCGUGUUAAUAACGCCGAACGCAACCGCCCCGAGUGGCAGCUAGAGCAACUUGACCGCAUGGUGGAUCGCAGGAACGUAGCGUUGAGGUCGUUCAACGACCUCGAAUCUCAGAUCGAAGACUUAACACUCUUCUGUAUCGUCUUCUCGCAGCUCGCGCCCAAUGCAACUGUGGGACCUGAGUGGCAGCAGCCGGAUCCACUUUCUCUCGCAGUAAAAGAGGUGCAGGCCAUGCGUCAGGAGAGAAACGGUUGUAUCAGUGCGUGGAGCUGGGACGAGCUCGACGAACGGAUCAAUCCAUUUGCAAUGCAGCCGCGGUAUGAGGCGUAUCCUUUUAUGUCGCACGAGUAUUAUGCACUAGUAGACGACUAG